AAACAAAGGAAGACUGUAAGGUAUACCAAACAAAAUCUCCAUAUAUGAUCACAUCCUCCUCUCACACCUAAGUAAAGGGCGAGGUAUAACUUGAUUUAGGCCAUACUCAUAAUCACAACCUCCUCACACGGUCUAAGUAAGUUAAUUAGUAAUAUAAUUAAUCAAAAAAAUUCCAAAACGGACCGCUGAGCACAUAUGAGCCAAUUGAUGCACAAAUUCCAUGCAGUUGGAUUCCAUCGCCGCUAUACAAGUCCCCUUUUUAUUCUCUCGCCACCUAAGAAUUUAACCAAACGCACAACACACACCACAAUAACUCUCUCUCUCUCUCUCUCUCUCUCUCUCCCGAGUCUUCCUCAUCUAUGGAGGAUAAGAAGCAGCCACUUCUGUCGCCGAGAGACGAGUUUGGUGAUGCUGAUCGUGAUCAGCUACAUGACCACCUAGAGUCCUUCCCUGCAACCGCACACCCUUCUUUCAAUUCCAACGCCUCCUUCGCUCCCGAUGCCGACGACAUCUCUCCCAUCCUCGGCUUCCGCGACUUCUUCCGCGAGUUCUACAAAGAAACCAAGAAGCUGUGGUACCUCGCUGGCCCCGCAAUCUUCACCUCCCUCUGCCAGUACUCCCUCGGUGCCGUCACCCAAGUCUUCGCCGGCCAGGUCGGUACCUUAGAGCUCGCAGCCGUCUCCAUUGAAAACUCCGUCAUCGCCGGGUUCUCCUUCGGCGUAAUGCUUGGAAUGGGGAGUGCGCUGGAGACGCUGUGCGGGCAAGCUUUCGGGGCGGGACAGCUGGACAUGUUAGGGAUAUACAUGCAGAGGUCAUGGGUGAUUUUGAACACGACGGGCGUGGUCUUGUGCUUUCUAUACAUCUUCGCCCAACAGCUGCUCCGGCUGAUAGGGCAGACCGCUGACAUAUCGAAGGCGGCGGGAGUGUUCGCCAUCUGGAUGAUACCGCAGCUGUUCGCGUACGCCAUGAAUUUCCCGAUAGCGAAGUUCCUGCAGGCGCAGAGCAAGAUCAUGGUGAUGGCGGCCAUAGCCGCGGCGGCUCUGGUUCUGCACACGGUGUUCAGCUGGCUGUUGAUGCUGAAGCUCGGUUGGGGCCUGGUGGGUGGGGCCGUGGUGUUGAACGUGUCUUGGUGGCUCAUCGUGUUGGCACAGUUGGUUUACAUCUUUUCAGGGACUUGUGGUCGAGCUUGGGUUGGGUUCUCGUGGAAGGCCUUUCAGAAUCUUUGGAGUUUUGUGAAGCUGUCUCUCGCAUCUGCAAUCAUGCUCUGUUUGGAAGUGUGGUAUUUUAUGGCACUAAUUCUAUUUGCGGGGUAUCUAAAGAAUGCAGAAGUUUCCGUGGAUGGCCUGUCCAUAUGCAUGAACAUAUUGGGAUGGACGGUGAUGAUUGCUAUGGGCAUGAACGCAGCAAUCAGUGUGAGAGUUUCAAAUGAACUAGGAGCAGCUCACCCAAGAACAGCAAAGUUCUCAUUAGUGGUGGCCGUAGUGACUUCUUUUUUCAUUGGCGUUCUCCUCUCGCUCAUCCUCAUCAUCUUCAAAGACAAGUACCCCGCCUUGUUUUCAAGCGACUCGGAGGUUAAGGCUCUCGUGAAGCAGCUCACACCAUUGCUAGCAACCUGCAUUGUCAUAAACAACAUCCAGCCUGUUCUCUCUGGGGUAGCCAUUGGAGCUGGAUGGCAAGCUGCAGUGGCUUACGUGAACAUAGCUUGUUACUAUGUAAUUGGGGUUCCCUUGGGCCUAAUUAUGGGUUACAAGCUUGACUGGGGUGUUAAGGGCAUUUGGAUUGGGAUGCUGAUGGGGACAGUCCUUCAGACUUGCGUCCUAUUCGUGAUGAUUUAUAAAACCAACUGGAACAAGGAGGCUUCCAUAGCUGAAGAUAGGAUAAGGAAAUGGGGAGGGCAUGUCGAUACAGAUGACAAACAGAACAACGGUGGAAACAAAGUAGAAAUUUGAACCUCGAGAUUAAACAGAGUGCAGAGGUUGGCAAAAUUUAAUUACGAAGGGCAGUCAUAUCUAGAAAUAUGGCUCCACCUGCCAUUUUCAUUUCAGUGUAAGGAGCAAUCUUCUGCAACAAUUGGCAGCUUAGUCCUUCACUGGAGAUUUUGAGUUAUAAUAAAUUUGAGUACCGGAUCGGCCUGACCUAUGUGGAUGGGCCGGAAGAUCAGUGGCAGGGGAAGGGCUGAUCGUGUAAUUGCAAUAUAUGAUAAUGACAUUCAUAGUUGAAUUCAUUCA